AUUGCCUUUCAGGCCUAUAACAUCCUCUACGACUAUGGCUAUGGCCUCUUUCACGUAUUCAAAGCUUCCACCGGAGUCUGAUACGACCCGCAUGCUUCGUCUCUUACCUCAUAAAGAAAGCAACGCUCAAAUUCGGGGCGAGCUCAUCGAUUACGAUUUGUCAGAUACCGACGGCAGACGUCACCUUUACGAGGCGCUUUCUUAUGUAUGGUAUGACGGCGAAGAGAGCCGUGACACAAAACCUGAGUCAAUCAUCUUGAAUAACUGUAUAUUCUUUGUUACACGGAACCUCUAUGCUGCACUCUUACAUCUGAGGAAUCACCAAUUUGAGCGAACGCUCGAUGAUGAUGAAAAGCAGAAACAGAUCCCACUUAUGCGGACAAUCUAUGCACAAGCCAGUUGUGUCAUUGUCUGGCUUGGGGAGGCUAGGAACAAUAGCGACGAAGCAUUUGAAAUUAUUCGCCGUCUAGCAGGAGACAGUGUAGAUUAUGGAUCCUCCAAUGAUGAAUCCCCCACUGCCCCAAACAUGAUGAUCGAUCGUGAUGCAUGUGAGAUGCUGCUACAGCGGAAUUGGUUUCGCCGUAUAUGGGUGCUUCAGGAGGUUGGCGUUGCAAGAUGUAUCUCUAUCAUGUGUGGUCAUGUCGAGAUGAAUGGUUAUAUGUUCUGUAAAGGCUUCAGCAGAUUAAAGGCCCUUUCUCCUCGUUCACUGAGCCAUAUCCACCCAUACCGGCCUGAUUCGCGUGGAACCCUCUCUAUAGGGGAACUGAUUGAUAUGUACCAACACCACAAUGCCACCCUGCAACAUGAUAAAGUGUAUGCAUUGCUGGGCUUGAGCGCUGAUGACCCACAAAUACCUGCUUUAAAACCAAACUAUGCCCUCCCUUGGAAUGAUGUCCAUAAGCAGGUCACUACUUACCUUUUUGGAGGGAAGUCAGUGAUAAAAGGCAAAGGAUGGAUAUUGGGUUAUAUUAAGUCUGUUGAAGCGAGAGCUUCUGGAUGCUACCAGGGGUAUGUCAACAUCGUUUUGAAUCACACCGCUGAUUGGGUGGGCGAUGAAUUAAACUGGAUAGAUCAAUGGAUCCCCAGAGCUCCUGAAGGAUUAGUCCAGAAGGCAGAUAUUAUCUGCCUGCUAGAAGGCUCUUCGAGGCCAAGUAUUAUCAGACUAUGCAAAGACCAUUUCGAGACGGUCGUAGCUGCAAUCACCCCCCCACACGACAGAACUAUUUUCGACUUCAAACCACAGGAAUGGCAUUCUAUAAGUGGAUUCGUCUACGAUAUUAUCCUUACUUGGAGGAUACCUCGGGCUGGUGCAGAAAGUAAUAUUGCGCUGCAAGGUACGGUAGAACUCACGAAUAUAGCACCGGAGCUAUUCAACAUGUCGCUCACACAGAGUAAAGGAACGGUUGAAAAUUCAGCAUUGGAACGCAUGGUUGUUCAAUGGACAGAAAACUUCCAAUUUUCUGAAGAUGUGGCCAAGGCAGCGGCAGCAAACUACCACGAAAAUGGACAUAAUAUCAUAACAUUACUUAUUAAGUAUCAGCCUAGUCUACCAAUCACUGAAGAUGUGGUUAAGGCAGCGGCAGCAAAUCCUGGAGAAGCUGGAUAUCUUAGUCUACCAAUUACUGAGGAUGUGGUCAAGACAGCAGCGGCAAACGGUGCCCUAGCUGGAAUUAUGGUUAUCAGACUACUGAUCCGACAUCAAGGAAAAUCGGCAGCAAACAGAACAUAUGGACAUAUCUUACCAAUUACCGAAGAUGUGGUCAAGGCAGCGGCGUCGGCAUGCAAUAAGGGGAAAACUUUGAAAUUACUUAUUCGCCACUAUCGAGAGAGUCUACCAAUCACUAAAGAUGUUAUCAAGGAAGCGGCUAAGAAUGACGAGCCUGAAAACCUACAACUUCUUGUGGACUAUCUAGGAUACAACCUCCCAAUAUCCAUUGAUGUGAUCAACGCAGUGGCUACGGAUUGCACAGUUGAAAACCUGUCACUUCUCUUCCAAUAUUGA